AUACGUGUAGAAGUAGAUUAUUUGUAUAUAUACGUGUGAAGAUCAAGGCACAAAGUUGUGUGGUAGCGAUGUCAUUUUGACCUGGUUGCUUGUUUAUUGUAAUUUAUUUGCGUGCACACUCAGGGAGUAAUUCAAACUGUGAAACUGAUAUGCUAUUGUGUUUAAAUAUAAAUGUUUUCACAGUGUCAGACAGUUUGAAGUAGUCGUUCGUACGAUUCACAUUGUUCUGUAAACUGAAAGGUGAAGUCCUCACCUGAUUCCAAAUGUAUUUCAUGGUCAUUCUGUAUCUUAUCUGCAAUCUGUGCAACAAAUCAAAAUUCCAAAUGGAGUCUAAUCUUAUGCUUACUUGUCCCUAUAACAAAUCUCAUCGUAUUGCUCGGUCAAAAUUUAUGCAACACGUAACAAAAUGUAAGAAAACUGUUGAUACAGAAGAUUUUGUGGAAUGUCCAUUGGAAACGAGUCACAUAGUAGAAAGUGAUAAACUUAAGGAGCAUAUUGCAUCUUGUUCACAACUAGGAGAAUUGGUAAGAGAUACAGAUCCUUCAGAAAAAGAACUUAAAUUGCCAACAUUAGUUGGAAAUAUUGAGUCAGAAGAAAAUUGGGACGAGGAACCAGAAACUCCAAGCUAUAAUCCUGCUAAAGUUUCUGCAGAAAAAAAAAUUGUUCGAAGCAUGCCUGGAUUAUCAAAAUCUAAAAGAUUUGCAUUUAGACAAGUCGAACGACAGCGUUUGGCAAACAUAGAAAGAGAAGAAGGAUCAUCGCGUGAGCUUGGAUCUUUUGAAACAAAACAUAAGAUACAUGAAGCGCCACAUGUGCGCCUUCCACGUUCUACCUCUGCAGUGAUAUCAGAAACUGCAAAGAAAAUAGCAAACACUCCUCAAGUGGCGCUAAAUACCAAAGCUGACUUGUCAGAAAACAGUUUUUGCACCAACAGUUCUGUACGUUUGUGCGACAGUUCUGUACAAACUAUGGAUUCUUCAUUUAAAGAUAAUGAAUCAGUUUACAGUUCAGAUUUACAUAAUGAGUUUAGUAUUGAACAUAAUAUUGAAAAUGCUAACAUGGAAAAAUGUCAAAACGACAUGAUAUUUGAGAAAUCGUCACGUUUUCAAGAGUCAUGUGCAAGAGACUCUGUCAUUGAUAAAGAGGAAGAAAAUUUGUCAAUGUUUGAUCAGAAUAAAACAUUGCAAAUUGACGUUGGUGAGUCUGAAAAGAUACUCGAAGCUUUCAGAAAUAACGACAGUGUUGCAAGCACUGUUUCGAAUGAACCGUUAGAGAAAAAUAAACUUCUGUGUUUGUUAAAAAAUGCGGAACACUUGAAAGAAUUAAACCAGUCUGUUGAAAAUGAGACUGUGACAGAUCUUGAGAAAACUGUUAAAAAUUCAGGUGAGAUGGAAUUGGAGUGGGAUGAGAUUGUUCACAAAGUUAAACGUUUAGCUUAUUUAACAGAUAUUCAAAAUACCGCCGCUACGGAAAGUGCACAGUUACUGUUACAAUUAAAGAAUCUUAAAUUGCGUCAGGAUGCGAAAAAGUAAUUUUUUUUCACACACCACUACACAACCAACUCUUACACUUUUAUCUAUCAUGACGAUAGAUAACUUUCCUAACAGACAUCAAAUACAAAGUACACUUUUUUUUACAUAACCAUGUAAGAAAAACAAUCGUGUAUAAGGAAAAAAAACGUAUGUAAGUAUACAAGGCCUACGUGUAUCUGUGAACGCGUUUAAAACUGUAAUAUGUAUACACAGCAGGGUUGCGCUUUCCUCACUGGGAUAGUUGGGCCACAUUAACUUGCAAUUAUCGCGUUUUUCUUUUAUUUCUAUUUAGUAGUAGGAUAAAAGGAGAACGUGAAAAAAAAAAAAGAUUGUGUGACUGUGAGAAUUGUGUACGUAAGAAAAUAACUUGUUUAAUGAUAUGAGUGUCUUUUCUAUUGUAGUUCUUUUAUGUAGUUAUUAAAAAACAUUGAUUUCAAGACAUAUCAUUUAUCUAUCACAGUUAGUUUUUCUGUUUUUGUGAACAAUUAUUUACACACUGACAAUAUUGGUAUUUUGUUUAACAUUUAGUGAACAACAAAG